GGUGUCAAGACUUCAAUAAUAUGAUAUUACCAUUGUGCAAUACGUCACUGUAUUUGUAGCACUUUUCUUUUCUUUUUUUUUCUUUGUACACCGGAAAUAUGGUAUUAUAAAUGCAGGUACCCUAUCCAGGUUGUUCGUCAGUGUUGGUAAAAAUUCAGGCGGAACGGGAUAUUUGUGACACAGUGAAAUUAUGGAGAGAUUUUUUUUCAUCAUUGCUGUGUGCAUUAUUUGCACCAGUGGUUAUGGAAUAAAUGAAAGUGUGAGAGUAGUUAAUAAUGUAUUGCAGUACAAGGUGCCUAAUGAGGCGGGAAUCGAUGAUACCCAGUGGAUUGUUAUUAAUCGUACGAGUCAAUCGAGAAAUAAAAUUUUUACUAAGAAGGAUGAGUGCUCGAGGUACUGCAUUGAGGGGGAAGACAACAAUUCACAAGUGCAAACAAAUCUGCGAAACAACAAGAUCAAUUUUAUUUGGCAUAUCGGUGAGAAACUUCCGGAAUUUAGCAGUAACAGAUUGCCAGUGGACGAUGGCGAAUCUGAAAUUGAUAAUUCAAGCCAAGUUCAAGUAUCGCCAGAAAAAUGUAAAAUUCAAUUAUCGAUUGGCUGUACGAACCCAACGAUCGUCGUUGAAGAGGAAAACACGAAUGAAUUGGAAAUACUGAGGAACAUCAGUCUAACAGACUUCACAUCUAACAAAUUCACCGUCAAUCCGGGCGUGCAUCACAUGCAGUUAAAAAUCGUGGGAAAUGUCACGUGGAUGCUCCUCGCAAUACCCGCCGGGAGAAAUAGGGCAGAACCCCUUGGGCUGUCACUGACGAGGGAUAAUGACAGUAAUGGGGUGAAUCUCGUUGCGAACAACCCUCCACCAGGUGGCUGGCAAUUGAAACUCAGAGGAAGGGAAAAUUCAAAGUACAGUCUCACUGUUUCACAAUUUGUUCGAGUGGAAAAACCAGUGCCACUUCCUGGAUAUGAGGAAGACGCUAAUCUCGAUGAAGAUACCGACUCCGAUGGAAUUGUCAUUUUUUUCGAGGACACUGAUACCCUAGAGUCUCGCCAAGGACCAUUGAAAUUUCCGGAAGAAUCUUCGGAUCCCGAGGAGAAUAAAAAUUACCCCAGGACUGUGGUUUUUCGCGAGCCAGUCGAGGAGUUAUCAAAAUUACAAAUUGAGGAAAAUGCCUCCGCCGAGCUUCGAGACUUAUCAAGAACCAGUGAUUUAAUAACUAGGAGACAACUAGUGGAUGUGGCCCCAGAAACAGCCCUCUUGGUCCCAAGAACACCUUUUCACCGAAUUAUUUUUACAGUGACUAAUAAUCAACCUAUCAGCAUUGUGCACCAGUUCCAAGCUAAGUGCCCCCAAUGCCAGGAUAUAGGAACCUUUCUGCCGUUAGCAUUGGUUCCCCCUCAUACAACAAUUCGUAUUAGUGUACAAUUUCGGGUAUUAACAAUGGAAGACAGCGUUGUCAUCACUCUUCACGUGAACCGUCAAUAUCUGGACCCUAUUGAAAAAUCCGCCUACAUAUAUUUCCAGAGUUCACCGAACGCGAUAUCCGACGGGACAAAACCAACAAUAGAUUACGAGUUCAACAAUAAUUGCGCCGGAAGACUGCGUCAAGAUCGAUGCGAAAAUAACUUUUGGACCGUUGACAUCACCGUGACUGAUGAUAAUUCAGGGCUGAAAAGAGUGACAUCGCAACCGAGUGGGGUUCGACCUAAUCGAGAGUUCAUCGCUGGCACUCGAAAUCCAGUGCAUUUUGUCUACACGGGCUCGUGUUGCGAUACAACAGUCGAGAUUACAGCAAAAGAUGUUGUGGGAAACACUCACUCGCGAACACUAGACGUCACUGCGUGGGACAACUUGUCGACCGGAGAAAUUGCAGCUAUCGUAGUUUCCAGUCUGUUUCUACUCUUCAUAAUCGUACUUCUCAUUUUACUAUGUGUUUAUUGCAUACGCAAUCGCAAAAGCGCCGAUAUUUCUUAUUCCCAAAGAUAUGGGUCAAGAGGGGGUCCUGGUAGUAGAACGGAAGGAACUAAUUUUUAAUGGAACGAAGUAUUCAGAUUUACUUUCCUCGUACUAAAACCAUAGAUUUAUGGAAAUUAUUAUAUUUACAUCAGUAAUUAUCUCAAAAAUCGAAUUAUCUAUUUAUAUAUUAAAUUAUAUUAAGUUAUAAGUUCUUGUUAUUCAAAAUUCAUCAAUUUAACAAAACAAAAUUUAAUAGAAAUGUAAAGUUAAAAUGUAUUAGAUGAUAUUUUAAUAUAUUGUAAUACCUUUUAUGUAAUUUUAUUUAAUAUAUUGAAGUAAUUAAUACGCAAAACCAUGGAACUGUAUCAAGUAGAUUUUUCUACUAUUUCCACGGAAUUAAUGAAUUUGUUUCUGAGUUCUUAACAAGAAAUACAUCUAAAGUUAUAUUGUUUGCCAUAAAUCUUAGUCGAAGGAAGGUUCAAUAUACUCUGGAUGAUUCAAGGGUCUAACAAUUAUACGAGAAAUGUUAUAAGGCUUAGAAUGCGUUAAAUAUCCCUUUUCUUAAUAAAUCAAAUAUUUACGGACAAAGCUUUCACUUCAACAAUCAGAUGAGAUUAGAUUCAUAAAAAUGGUCGAAUCCACAUGAAUAUUUUUCCCAAUAACCACUCAUUCAUUUAUAUCAGACAUAAAUACUUUCUCAAAACACAGCAAUUUUGCAUUAGAAAGAGGCAUUUUUCUACUUGAGUACAAAUCCUACUGCAACCCAAAUCCAAUCGAAUUAUUUCAUUAAAAAAUCAACGCUUUAAAAAUUUGUUUCGCUCCGCUUUCUACACAAGUAAACUGUGGAAUAAAUCUACAAUCAAUUAAUAAAUU